AUGCUCAAGCUUGUCGACUAUAGGAAUAGAGAAUUAAUGGAUGGAUGUUUGACAAAACGGGAGAUUUUUCCUUGGAAUAAAGAAGCAGAGGUUAAGAUUCAGCAGUAUUUAGAAUACGGUAAUAUUUCUCCAGAAAAUCUUGUAUAUAAAUCAACAGGAGGUAGCAAUGAAAUUGAUAAGGCAGCUUUAGUGAAGAUGGUGAGAGAAUGUGAGUUCCGAUUCAGCCAGACAAAUGGAUGUUAUAUCAAAGGACAUUGUCACCAAUGCUGGGGAAGGUCAAGUCAUGAGAAAAGAGACCCCAAGUGCCGCAAAGGAAGGAUCGCCAAAAUAUUGAUUCAUUCGUAUUAUGAGAGACUGCUGUUGCAGAUGUAUUUUUUGGAGAGGGGAUUGACAUUCCGAUUACCUACGGUGUGCCAUGCUGUAGAUUUAAUGGUCUACUGUUCACGGGAAAGCGCCCCGUUAUUCAUAGAUUAUGUUUUGUGGCUAUUGUCUCGAUAUGAAAGGAUGGUAAUUGCAUAA